CCGGCGCGUCUCAAUGACGUCACAUUCACGCGUCCAACAAGCGCAGGAGAAAUGUGGGAGAUGUUGGAGUGGUGGUGAAGGAGUUCCAGUGUGCCAUGACCUGCGCCUUGUUUUACCUCACGUUCUCCUCGGGGAGUUCAGGAAGGUUCCUGUUAGCCGUUUUAAGCGCUUGAGCAGAAAGUGAAACACUUCCGGAAUGCUUUCGAGGCUGGGGAAGCUCUUCUCCAACAGCCGGAUCGUAGUGGGUCUGCUGGUCAAUCUGCUCUCCUCCAUAUGCAUCGUCUUCAUCAACAAAUGGAUCUACGUGCACUACGGUUUCCCCAACAUGACCCUGACCCUGGUGCACUUCGUGGUCACGUGGCUGGGGCUCUUCGUAUGCCAGAAGAUGGACAUUUUCUCGCCGAAGAAGCUCCGACCUGCCAGCAUCCUGCUCCUGGCUCUGAGCUUCUGUGGCUUUGUGGCUUUCACCAACUUGUCUCUGCAAAACAACACCAUCGGGACCUACCAGCUGGCCAAAGCCAUGACCACACCAGUCAUCAUCCUCAUCCAGACCACCUUCUAUGGGAAAAGCUUCUCCACCAAGAUCAAACUCACUCUGGUGCCGAUCACGUUAGGGGUUGUCCUGAACUCCUACUAUGAUGUGAAGUUUAACUUGUUGGGGAUGGUCUUCGCAACGCUGGGGGUCCUGGUCACCUCUCUGUACCAAGUGUGGGUCGGAGCGAAGCAGCACGAGCUGCAGGUGAACUCCAUGCAGUUGCUGUAUUACCAGGCUCCCAUGUCCUCCGCCUUCCUCCUCACACUCGUCCCCUUCUUCGAGCCCCUCGCCGGGGAGGGGGGUAUCUUCGGCCCCUGGUCUCUACAAGCCCUGGUGAUGGUGUUUCUCUCCGGCAUCAUCGCCUUCCUGGUGAAUUUGUCCAUCUACUGGAUCAUCGGGAACACAUCUCCCGUCACCUACAACAUGUUUGGUCACUUUAAGUUCUGCAUCACGCUGCUGGGGGGAUUCCUGCUGUUCCACGAGCCUCUGUCUCCACACCAGGGUCUGGGCAUCGCCUGCACACUGAGCGGCAUCCUCACCUACACACACUUCAAACUCAGCGAGCAGGAGGAGAGCAGGAGCCGGCUCGCUCAGAGACCCUGAACACACACACACACACACACACACAGGAGUCGGAGCUCAGUGCUUAAGUCUCUGGGUUACUGAUUGGAAGGUCGGGGGUUCAAGCCCAGGUAUAACCAAGCUGCCACUCUUGGGGCCCCUCCAGGGGGCGCUGUUUUAUGUCUGACCCCAGCUUCCUAACAUCACUGGGAAAUGUGAUGAAAUUCACUGUGCUGUAAAGUACAUGAGACGAGAAGAAGCCUCUUACACACCACAGAUUUAUCACAGCUCUGAGGGACACUGACUCCGCCCCUGACUCCACCCCCGACUCCGCCCCUGACUGGACAAACAUGCACACUUUAAAUCCUGAAAUUUCAAAUUUUACUAUUUUUACAUCAUUCAGUGUUUUAUUUCGAAAUAAAAUAAAAGGUAAACAA